CGCAGGGCAGAAGUGAGCUGCAGUUUGGGUGUCAGCCCUCCUUGCCCACAGUCGGAUCUUGUAGCUGUAUUCUCCAUUACCUGGGCUGCUGAUUGUCCUCUGGCUUUUUUCCAGGUCAGUGAAAGGACAAAGUGGGCGGGAGGCCACGGAGCGCGCAGCUCCUGCCCCUGUGCCCUGCCUGCAGGUCUGCGCGUCAUUGGUUCCCAGUACCUCUUGAAGCCGGAGAGCAGGAGCAGCCUGUGAGGACCCCCUGCAGGUCAGUGGCAAGGGGAGGCCUGGAGGAGACCCAGAAGGGUCGCUGGAGAAAGAAGGUCGUCUCACCAUGGAAACUCUGUACACUGAGGACGAAGGCAUGCCUUCCAACCAAGGAAUGACUGAAAGCAGACAGCCACAGGCUUCGGGAAAUCCAGAGGCAGCUGGUACUCCGGAAGACAAGGACAAACUCGGGAAUAAGGGAAAGACUGAAGUUAAGCAAAUGCUCCUGGAUAAGGGGAAGCCUGAGAGUGAGGGAAAGGCCAAGGAAGGGGAGCCGGGGAGUGAGGGAACCGCAAAAGAGAAGGGUUCCGCAAAGCUGGAGCCAGAGCCCAGGGCUGCAGAAAAGCGCCCGGCCGAGGACGAUGUACCCAGGAAAGCCAAAAGAAAAACCAACAAGGGGCUGGCUCAGUAUCUCAAGGAGUACAAAGAGUCCAUACACAAUAUGAAUUUCAGCAAUGAGGACAUGAUAAGAGAAUUCGACAACAUGGCUAGGGUGGAGGAUGAAAGGAGAAAAUGCAGACAGAAACUGGGAGCUUUUGUGUGGAUGCAAAAAAAUUUGCAGGACCCCUUCUACCCAAGGGCUCCAAUGGAUUUCAGGGGUGGCUGCAAGGCCCCACGAAGGGACCUUGAAGACAUUCCUUAUGUGUAGUGCCCCUACAGCCAUUGUCAAGUCCUGUCCUUUAACCUUAUGCUAAUUAUCAGCUUUAGAUAUACUACCUAUUACCAAUAUCCUGUUCAACCCAAGUGCAGUGUUAUAAAAUGCAGUAACAAAUUUUCAUUGAUCGCAUUGUGAAAAAUGUUUAUAGUGUGUUGUAAAACAAAAAGUCACACAUGCAUACAACAUGCAAAAUCAUAUAUAGCAUCAGUCCAAUUUUGCAAAACUACAAAGAUUAAUUUGCCUAGUCAUGUGUAUAAAGCAACUCUUAAGUUUCACUCACUAGAGCAUUAACAGUAGUUAUCUGUGGGUGAUGAUUUUAUCAUAUCCUUUUAUGUUUAUCUGUGUAGUUUGUCCUAAAAUAAUUACUUUUGUGCUAAAAUAAUAAGAAAGUAGAAAAUAUAUAACCAAGCAAAAGUAGUGUCCAGUGACUUUAGCAAGCCAGUGGAGAUACUUAAAAUUAUUGUUGUCAGAACAUAAAAUCUGUAGGGAACUGUCGCCUUAUUUCUGGGACUUAAAGAUGGAGGAAUCAGCUCCUUUGCUACAGGAGCAGACUUGUCGUCUGGGACCUGAGGAUGAAACUUGCCUCCUGGGACUGUGGAGAACAU